UGCGCAGCCCACUAACCACAGACUUAGACAACGCGACCGCGUGAGCGUACAAUUAUUCGCGGUCUCUUCAGUCUUCAGUCUUCACCAAGUGUUCGCGCCGCUUACAGUCGACCUCUGUAUUUGUUAUCAACAACAAUAAUAAUAAUUAUUAUAAUCAUAAUACAUAUUAAACUCGUGCACUGUCAUCGGGUCGUCGGCACAAUUUAUAACUCAAAUCGAUUCUACGCAUUCUGCUUCUAUCACUCCGAUGCUAAAUUGAGGGAGCAAGAGAAAAGUACUAUGAGUCGCGAUUAAUGAGGAAGAGAAACAAUAAACCAAACUGUUAAUAAAUAAGUCUAAGGAGCACGAAGCUAGGAAUAGGAAGUCAAGAUCGUAAUGGAUGAAACAUCUAAAGGUCUGGAGGCUAAUGCAUGUAUCGUACCUUUUGGACACGCGACUAGAAUGCCUCCGGUCGAUAUCGAGUUCUGCGAUCUUACGUAUUCAGUACCUACGGGUAGAAAAGGUCCAAAAUUAAUAUUACGUGGAAUUAGUGGGCAAUUUCGUUCCGGCCAACUUACAGCAAUUCUUGGUCCAUCGGGAGCAGGAAAAUCCACGCUUCUAAAUGUCUUAGCUGGUUACAAAUGUCUAGAAACUGGAGGUCUUGUUACAAUCAACGGACAACCGCGGGUACUCCGGGAGUUCAAGAAGAUGUCCUGUUACAUUAUGCAAGAAGACCUUAUACAGCAAAAGUUGACUGUCAUUGAAUCUAUGCACUUUGCGGCUGAUCUUAAACUUACUCAUAAUGUAACUGAGUGUACGAGAAACUCUAUUGUAGAUGAAAUAUUAGAAACAUUAAGACUGACAAAUGCAAGAAACACACUAACCGACAAAUUAUCCGGUGGCGAAAGAAAGAGGUUAUCUAUUGCAUUAGAGCUUAUAAAUAACCCACCAGUUAUUUUUCUGGAUGAACCAACCACUGGUUUGGACGAAAUGGCUUCUUUGCAAUGUAUAGACUUACUCCAGAGGGUCGCUCAGGGAGGAAGAACAGUAAUUUGUUCAGUUCACACCCCAAGUGCGAGUAUGUUUGCUAAAUUCCAACACGUGUACGUUGUUGCCAGUGGACAAUGCGUGUACAGAGGAUCUGUUGAUGAACUAGUUCCUUACUUUGAAGAUGUGGGCAUCGAAUGCCCUAAACAUUAUAACCCCGCAGAUUUCGUUAUUGAAUUGUCUAGUGGAGAAUACGGCAAAGAGUACGUCGACAAAAUGAUAAAAACAGUGGAAAAGAAGUUCCCAUUCGAGCCAACAAUAACGAAGAAAAAUUCUAAUGAAAAGUAUGAAUUGAUGAGUAAGAAGAGAUUAAAAGCUUCCUGGAAGUCACAGUUUACGGUCUUGUUUAAGCGUAUGAUGGUACAGCACUACCGUGAUCGCAAUUACAUGUACUUAAAAAUAUCGCUUCAUAUAUUCUUGGGACUUGUGAUUGGCGGAUUAUUCCUGGGUACUGGGAACGAUGGUUCCAAGACACUGUUCAAUUUUGGGUUCUGUUUAGCUUGUAUUAUUGUAUUGCUCUACGUGCCAAUGCUGCCGAUAUUAUUGCAUUUUCCAUCACAAGUCCAAUUGGUAAAACGUGAACAUUUCAACAGAUGGUACGAUCUCAGUCCAUACUUUUGCGCUCUGACAGUAGCGACAAUUCCUGCUCAGUUGAUAUUGAGUACUAUUUACCUGACGAUGGUGUACUUUAUAUCGGGACAGCCAAUGGAGCUCUACAGAUGCGCGAUGUUCUUCAGUACAUGCUUCGUUUGCGCGUUUAUCGCGGAGAGUAUGGGAUUCGCGAUAGCCAGCACUCUAAGUAUUGUCAACGGAAUGUUUGUGGGACCUGCGUUAACGGUCCCCCUGAUGCUGGUAGCAGUCCAAGGAUUAGGAAGUCCCGAUCCACUGCCGAUUUAUCGUACGCUGGUUAUGUACUUAAGUUACAUAAGAUAUGGCCUGGAAGCACUUAUUAUCUCAACUUAUGGAUACAACCGGGAAAAAUUACCGUGUCCUUCUGAAGAAGUUUAUUGUCAUUACCGUGUGCCGCGUGAAUUAUUGAGAGCAAUGGGCAUGGAACACUGCGUGUUUUGGGUUGAUUUUGCAGCCCUUGUUUUUAUACUGAUUGCAUUCAAAGCAAUUGCGUUUUACUUACUGAGACAGCGCCUACGGCCUAAUAAAACCUUCCGUGCGAUACAUCUUGUUGGAAGACUUAUCAAAAGUCAUUUCAGUAUUGAAUAAAUAUUGAAAUAUUAUAAAAAUUUAGGACGUAGUGUGACAGAAGAUUAGUUUUAAGUCAAUAUUGUAAAUUAUUUCGAUUUUGUAAAUGUUUUUUACUGAUUUAUUGGAAGCAAAAUAAACAGGUUAAUAUUU